GUAUUGAUCGAUCAGUACCGUUCAUUCAUCAGUACUGUUACAGCUCCUCUUUGUAUGGGUCGUGCGAUGCGAGUUGUUGUAGUAGGAGGACGGCGUGUCGGUAAGACGGCAAUACUCCGACAAGUCGCAUGUUUCGAGGAUAUCACAUCCAAGAAGUAUGAACCAACGAUUGACGACACGUACCAAGUAUUAUUGGAAGAAGCUGAUCGGCCUCGAGAAAUCUUGAUAUUUCAUGAUACCGGUGGCCUCGCCGAUCACGGUCCAGCAGAAUUGAAAAGGCCAUAUUUGCAGGUAGCUGAUGCCUUCGUAUUAGUAUAUUCAGUGGCUGAUCAUGAAUCAUUCAAUCGAAUGGACCUAUUGAAAAAAUUCAUAGAAAAGAAUUUUGGAAAAGAUCGGAAAGAGGUAUCGGUUGUCCUAUUUUUUGUUUUGAAAAUUUCACCCUUUUUUGUAGUUAUAGUUUUUUAUUUCACCUUUCUAUAA